AAUGCUACUGUCUCACGGAUGCGAUUUGAAUAGCGGGGUCUGUAGUUUGCCAUUACAUUUAGCCUGCAAAUUAGGAUAUUCGAAUAUCGUUCAAUUGUUGUUGGACGCGGGGGCGAGACCCGAUAUUCCCAAGGGAUUGUGCCACGGCGUUCCUCAUUAUAUUAAAACAUGCUCACCGGACAAACCGCCCAAAUUUCUCUGUAAUAGAAUUAGAAAUCCAGCAACGGCUCUUAGUUACGCCAUUCUAAGCGAUCAACCCGAAGUCGUUCAAGUUCUUUUGGAUAAUUCCGCCCACAUGAACACCGAAUUAUUAUUGCAUGAAGCCUGCAGAUUUCGAGCCAAGCCAUGCGUGGAAUUGCUCAUUAGUAUGUUUCCAGAACAAGUCAAUAGACGGGACAAGAAAGGCUUCGCUCCUCUACACUAUGCACUAAGAGGACCCAAGGGACGAGACUGCGCAAUAACCUUAUUGGAAACUGUUAAGAAUAUUUCUCCGGAUUCCUUCCUAUGCGAGCAGGGUACCUUAUUACACGAGCUCUACGUAUCCGAAGAUUCGACCAGCUUUCUCCGCCUAACCCAAUUAAUGCUCGCCAAAGGUCCCAAAGAUCUAGCGUAUAGGCCAACGCCGGUGGACGGCGAUACACCUUUGCACAAGCUGCUUAAGUACUUCGGAGGAAACCAUCCACGUAACCGUCAGCAAUACGUCGACGAAGUAAUCGGCUGCGUGAGACUAUUACUCAAGCAUAAUGCCAAUCCGAACGCGCCCAACAAUAGGGGAGAGAGCGCCCUACACGCUCUUUUAACUCACCAUACGGGGAGACCUCUAUUCCAUUUGAGGGAUAGAUUCGGAGUUGGUCCAAAAUACUUACGGACCGUUCUAGAGAACGUUGGCAUUCUUAUGCAAAUUCUAUUGGACGGAGGCGCAUUGCCGAACCAAAAGCACGCACCGAAUUUCGUUAGUCCCCUAUACUAUCUAACCAGAAUAAUAUGUUCCAUGUCGCCGAAUCUGUUGAAGAAUACUGCCGAUCAGGUAAAGAAUUGCCUCAAGAUCAUCUGCAAGAGGGGAGCGGAUGUAAACGUCAUAAAUGCCAACGAGGACAACGUGGUAACUUUAUUGAUGUCGUCGCUGUCGAGGUGGCUGCAUCAGACUGCGGACGACGAACAUAAGAUGCACUUUCUCCUAUCGAUAACGCACGAUAUUCUAGAACUCUUACUCGAGCACGGACUCGACCCCGAAGUUGUUCUUCGUAAGAAUCUCAAGCAAUUCAUUAUAAUAUUCAACGUUACAGCUCUACACGAACACUUUAUCACCUAUUUAAACCGCCUACUUCGUUGCAUUAUACGUCUCGGUGGCAAUCCGAAUUUAAUCAAGUUCUGCGACAAUUCCAGAUCGUUGUCCUAUUCGACCUCGUGUCUCCUCUACUAUUUCGCCAGAGGUUUCUACAUUCAUUCCAGAUACGACAAUCGUUUCGCCUUUCACAUUCUCGACGUCUUCGAGAAUACUCUAACGCAACCUAAUUUGUACGAAUGCGUUAAUGGGAUUUGCGCCAAUCUCGAACUCGAAUUUACGUCGGCCUACGAAAUUAAAAGAAAAAUCAUGGAAAUUUGUUCCAGACCAAGAACACUGAAGCAGCUCGUCAGAAUUUGUAUUUAUCAAUCUCUCGGAUGGCAAUUACAAAGAAAAUGUCCUCAAUUAAAUUUGCCGCCUUAUUUAACAGAAUAUUUGACAUAUGUACAAUGCUGA